AAUGGAUCUUCGGCUGCUGGUGCCCAUUUGGUUGGCCUUCAUUCCUGGGCUCCCAGCAUCGGAUGUUUCACUAUCACGGCCUAGGAACUCUGGGGUCAUCAAUGAUGUGGAAAUCCAAACUAUGCAGGUCAACAGCAAAGUGACAUCACGAUUUGCCCACAAUGUAAUCACCAGCAGAGCUGUCAACCAUGCCAAUGUAUCUAAGGAAAUCAUCUUUGAUGUCGAGAUACCCAAGACGGCCUUCAUUAGCAAUUUCAUCAUCACGGUGGAUGGGAUCCCAUAUCCUGGAAACAUAAAAGACAAAAUGGCGGCAAGGAGGCAAUACCAAAAAGCUGUUUCACGGGGAGAGACUGCAGCCCUGGUGAAGGCCUCAGGGAGGAAAAUGGAAAAAUUCACCAUUUCUGUAAAUAUCGCAGCAGGCAGCAGAGUCACUUUUGAGCUGACCUACGAGGAGCUGCUGAAGCGACACUUGGGGAAAUAUGAAAUCAUCAUUAAGGUUAAACCUAAACAGCUAGUCAAUCAGUUUGAGAUCGAAGCUGACCUCUUCGAGCCCCAGGGUAUCAGCAUGUUGGAAGCCCAGGCAUCAUUCCACUCUGGUGACCUGUCCCAAGUCAUUGAAAAGUCCUUCUCAGGAAAUAGGGGGAGAGUGUUUUUCAACCCAACUGUUGAUCAACAGCAGACUUGUCCAACUUGCUCCACAUCCUUGCUGGAUGGAGAAUUUAUGAUAAAAUAUGAUGUGAACCGAGACACAGCCUGUGACCUACAGGUGGUCAAUAAAUACUUUGCACACUUUUUUGCUCCAAAAAACCUUAAGAAUAUUCCUAAGAAUGUGGUUUUUGUGAUAGACAUUAGUGCUUCGAUGGCUGGUCGAAAAAUCAGACAGACAAGAGAUGCUCUCCUUAAAAUACUUAACGAUAUUCGACCAGAGGAUUACUUUAACUUCAUACUGUUUGGUGGUUAUGUAAAAACCUGGAAACAAUCAUUAGUCAAAGCCACUGAUGCCAAUUUGAAGGAAGCUAAAGAAUUCGUUCAGAACUUCAAAAUUGCCGGAGCCACAAGCCUAAAUGCUGGUUUACUCCAAGGCAUUGAGAUACUGAACAGAGCUCAUGAAACACAUCCUGAGCUCAAAAAGAAUGCCCCUAUAGUUAUCAUGCUGACUGACGGUGAACCCACUGUUGGAGAAGUCAGGCUUGACAAAAUCCGAGAGAAUGUAAGGAAUGCUAUUGGAGGGAAGUUUCCUCUAUAUAACCUGGGCUUUGGCGAUAAAGUGGAUUUUAAUUUCUUGGAAAAAAUGUCAUUAGAGAACAAUGGAGUGGCUCGUCGGAUCUACCAGGAAAAUGAUGCAGCUGACCAGUUGCAGGGCUUUUAUGAUGAAGUGGCCAAUCCUCUGCUUGUAGACGUGGAACUCCAGUAUCCCCAGAAUUCCAUUUCUGCCCUGACACAGAAUAAGUUCAAGCAGUACUACGAUGGCUCUGAGAUUGUGGUGGCCGGCCAGAUCAACGACAAUGACCUGAGCAAUUUUAAAGCCGACAUGAAAGCUCGGGGCGUGGACAAGGAUUUAGCAUCCACUUGUUUGGUAGACAAACAAAAGAUGGAGCAAGCUCUUCAUGAACGGGGUCACAUGUUUGAGGAGCACAUUGAGAGACUCUGGGCUUAUCUCACCAUCCAGCAGUUGCUGGCGGAAAGUAUUAAAGCAGAAGGGCAAGAGAAAGACAACCUGACAGCCCAAGCUCUGGAACUCUCUCUGAAAUACAAGUUUGUGACCCCUUUGACGUCCAUGGUGGUCAUCAAGCCAGGAGACCCCGAAGAUCAGGCUUUAUUGGCUGACAAACCAGAAGAAGCAAAAGCCAAGCCAUCAAAAAUAGUCCUUCCAGCUCAAUAUACUCCUCAUCAUGCUGCUAAGGAAUCAAAGCCCUCGACUUACCAACCGCUAAAAACGCCAGAUCAUAUCAGUAGUGUUGACGGCGAUCCGCACUUCAUCAUCCGAGUGCCUGACAAAGAAGAUGCCCUUUGUUUCAAUAUCAAUGAAGAGCCGGGAGUGGUGUUAAACCUCAUCAGGGACCCAGGCAGAGGAAUCACAGUGAAUGGACAGCUUAUUGGGGAGCAGUUCAAUGACAAUGCCAAGACAAAGAGCACAUACUUGGGGAAACUCGGGAUUGUGAACCAGGAAAUGGAUUUAAAAUUAGAAGUGACUCCUCAGACUAUCAUCCUUCACUUUGGCCCGCGAAGGAGCAUUUUCAGCUGGCUAGAGAGAGUGACACUACGCCAAGGAGGUGUGAUUAUGACAAUUAACAGGAAAAGAAAUCUGGUGUUAUCGAUGGGAGAUGGUGCCACCUUUGUGGUGGUUUUACACCAAGUGUGGAAGAAGAAUCCUGUCCACCAGUCCUUCCUCGGGGUAUAUACUCUGGACAGUCAUAAAUUGUCUGAACGGACCCAUGGGCUGUUAGGACAGUUUUUGCACCCAAUUGAUUUUGAAGUGUUCGAUGUCCGGCCUGGGUCUGAUCCCUCCAAACCAGAUGCCACAAUGAUGGUGAAAAACCACAAGCUGACAGUCACCAGGGGCUGGCAGAAGGAUUACAGGAAGGACCCACGGCAAGGCAGCGAGGUCUCCUGUUGGUUCGUUCACAACAAUGGGGCCGGACUGAUUGACGGCAGCCACACGGAUUACAUCGUCCCAGACAUACUUUACCAAGAGGAUUCACCCACUACUUCAUUAUGAAAACUCACAUUACCUUGGCGUAUCAGGAUUCUUUCAAUUCCAAGGCCACUCUCUGUUGCUCAUGAAUAAGGGAUAUUCACUGAGGGGCUUCCUUUGGACAUUUUCCUCUAGACUAUAAGCUCAAUGUGGGCAGGGAUUGUGUCUACUAAGUCUGUUGUAUUGUACUUUCCC